AGCGCUGCUCGUGUUCGCGCCUGGGUCAUAAACCUGCUGUCGCUUGUGCGCGUUUGCGCCGGCUUGUGCGCGCCGUUGAGUCGACACGGGCCCCUACCUGAGUGCUCCGUACGAGUGCCUGUAUUCUGGAGCUUCGCUGCCUCGGUGACAUCUGGCUCCGCUUCGCUUCGCAUCUUCCGCCAUGGCCACUUCUCCGCCGGACUCGCCAUCGCCAGCGCAUAAGCUUCAGCGUCCCCUGAGCGCGAUUGCUACUCGUCCUCAACCAAGGAGCACCAGUCGGUUGAGUAUGAACAGCAAGCAAGGCGGCGAGAGCAGAGCCUCUGAUGAGGACAAUCGGACGGCUGUCCGUGUCGCCGUCAGAGUGCGACCGGCGUUGAAUCCGGAAGAUCCAGGAUAUGAUUUGAUCCCACAGCGCUUCCAGCGCCCUAUGGUGCACGUCACAUCCAACACGAGCCUGUCCAUCGAUUCUCCUCAAGGCCGCAAACUCUUCGUCUUCGAUCGCGUCUUCGGCCCGGAUGUUAUGCAGGAUGGCAUCUGGGAGUACCUGACCGACAGCAUCAACGCCUUUACCCAAGGAUACAAUGUCUCCCUCCUCGCCUACGGCCAGUCCGGUGCUGGCAAAUCAUACACCAUGGGCACAGCAAGUGCACAGCAGAAUCCGGACGAUAUUGGUGUUAUUCCUCGAGCAGCCGCUGCUCUGUUUGAGAAACUAGAUGUACAAAGGGGAGGAGUAAAUAAUGGCACAAUGAAAAGCGCCAGCAGCUUCAGAUCCCCCCGAGGGUAUGGCCAACAGAACAAUCUGGGCGAUAGGAACUGGGCCUUGACAGCUACCUAUGUCGAAAUUUACAACGAGACACUCCGAGAUCUUCUGGUUGCUGACUCCACGCCAUUAAACGACCGAACUUCAGUUGCCAUCCGAGAAGAUGUUAAGGGCAACAUCAUUCUCACAGGCCUGCACCAGGUCGACAUUACCUGCGUCGACGACCUUCUCAACGCCCUCGCAUUUGGUUCUUCCAUUCGCCAGACCGAUGCCACUGCCAUCAAUGCCAAAUCGUCCCGCUCCCACGCCGUCUUCUCCCUCAACUUGGUCCAGCGCAAGAGCAAGUUUUCAAAUUCUGACAAGCGCCACUCCAUGCCGCUGGAAGCCAUGAGUGGCCAAGAUAUAUCCGUGACGACUGAUAGCAAGCUGCACUUUGUCGAUUUGGCCGGUAGUGAAAGACUGAAGAACACGGGUGCUCAGGGCGAGCGUGCAAAGGAAGGAAUAUCCAUCAAUGCCGGGUUGGCUGCCCUGGGAAAAGUCAUUAGCCAACUUUCGUCGCGGAACUCGGGCGCCCACGUCUCUUAUCGCGAUUCCAAACUCACGCGACUCUUACAGGACUCUCUUGGUGGCAACGCAAUUACAUACAUGAUUGCAUGUGUUACGCCGCCGGAAUUCCAUCUGAGCGAGACACUCAACACCGUUCAAUAUGCUCAGCGCGCUCGUGCCAUCCAGUCCAAGCCCCGAAUCCAGCAGGUUGAAGAAGGAGAUAAGAAUGCCAUCAUCGAGCGGCUGAAAGCCGAGGUGGCCUUUUUGCGUGAACAAAUUCGCAGCGCCAACGGCCAAGGCGAUCUCCCUCCGCGCAGCGCCAACAGGUCUAGCGAACGAUCGGAGAGACAAAAUGAACGUGAAGCCGAGCUUCAGAACCAGCUGCUUGAUCUCCAAGAAAAUUAUGGCACCCUGAACAAUCGCCAUGCUCGCCUGAUUGCAGAAAUGGCAAAGGCCCGAGAAAGCGAGUUCCAGCACCAUCUCCAGCUGGACGAGCUCCAGGGUGAAAAUGCUACCGAUCGGCUGAACCGCUCAAACUCAUUUGCUCAAUCUGUCGAACAGGUUGUUCUCGAAUACGAAAAAACCAUCCAGACGCUCGAACAGUCCUUGUCGAAAACACGAACCACCUUGUCUAACACAGAAACAAACCUACUCGAGAAGGAAACCAAGUGUGCCUAUGUUGAAACUAUCAACACCCAGCUGCAGUCUCGUAUUCAGAAGCUCAUGGACCGUGAGGCCAGCACUGAGAGCUAUCUCCACGACUUGGAGGCUAAGCUGGAUGGCCACACCAGCGGCGAGGAGAAGAACUCGGCCAUUAUUGUCGAGUUGCGCAAGGAGAUUUCCCGCAUACGUGAGAACGAAUCUGCGUCCGAAGAUUAUAUUUCAACACUGGAAGAGCGACUCGCCGAGGCAGACCAGGACGCCGAGCUUAUGCAGCGAGAGAUUGAGCGUCUUGAGCAAGUGAUCGAGAGACAACGGAGUCUUGGCAAGCUGGAUGCUUUGCUUCACGAGCUUGACCACGUGGACGAGUCCAAAUUGCGUGACUCGGAAGAUGACACAAAGGAGUCGUCUACAGAUGGUCAUGACCACCAAACUACCCAAAACAACGACCAGGACACUGAAACCGAAGAAGCAAAAGCGAAGCUUGCCCCUGUUGUGGAAAACGACGAAGACGCUGUCAAUGCGGAUGAGCCUGUGCCAAGGAUUUCUGAGGAUCAACCUGUUGACGACGUAGCUAAAAACCAGGCUUUUGCACAGUCCAAGUUUGUGGCGGAUAAGCUCGAGUUGGUGACCCGGGAGCUCUUCGACCUUCGAACUGAACACGAAACCACAGUUCAUGACUAUGGUAGACUUCAUGCCAAGUACGAGGAGGCGAUGCGAAAGCUGUCAGAACUUCAGGAUACAAUUGACGAAGCUCGCUACCCUGAUCGUCUCCGCCAUUCCAUCAUUUCCGUUGACGCAGCAACCGAGACUCGCCCUGAGUCUUUCCAGUCUGUUCAGACGAGCUACGCCAAGGAUGACUUGCGGUCUUCGGCCCACCGAUCGCUCUCCUCCGAACUUUCGUCAGUUAUGGACUCGCCCAUCACGGCUGAUACGACGCAUCUCGACCUGGAGUCUGAAGACGAUACGGCUACCGCUAAGCCGGCAGCGUCGGUUGAGGAUCUGACCAGGGAGCUCGCGGAACAUGUUGAGCUGCAUGAGCAACAUGAACAACAUGAGCAGAUCAAGCUGAAGGAGCAGACUGAACAUGUCGAGCAGGUCGAGCAGGUCGAGCAAGUCCAGCAGGUCGAGCAGAAGGAGCCCACUGAGCAUGUUGAGCCAAUUGAACAUGUUGUCGAACCUGAGCAUGUAGAACAGUUUGAGCUGAAGGAGCCAGUCGAGCUUAAGGAGCAUGUUGAGCAUGUUGAGCAGAUUCAAGACACUCAGCAGUUUGAAUUCGUUGUUCAGCAGGAUGAUGUCGAAUACCAGGAGCCGGCCGAGCAACCUGAUCAGGCUGACCGUAGCGAACAAAAUGAACAGCUCGCUUUGGAGAUUGAGAGACUUAGAGUCUUGGCUGAAGAAAAAGAAAAAGCCGAAAGGGAAUUGGCCAUGAAAUACGCCCAACUUGAACUCAAGCACAACGAGACUUUGGAUAUGGUUGAAGAGCUCAAGACCGAAGUCACCAAAGCCCGAACUGUUGACAGCGGCCCCCGCGUAAUCCGCCGAAAGUCAAGCCAGAAUCUUCUUGGUGUGGAUCGUGCUCAGCGAUCAUUCGUCUCUUUGAGAAAUCUUGCUGCCGAGAACUUUGAAGGAAAGCCCGAGACAAUGCAAUCAUUCGAACUCAACCUCAACUCAGCCAUGCACGAGCUUCAAUCUCGGAGUGAGCGAAUCCAAGAGCUAGAGUCUGAUAUUGCUGCGGCCAAGAAGGAGAUGGAGAGCAAAAUGGCCAUCAUUUCGGGCCUGGCGCGUGAGCGCUCUAGCUUGAAAGCUUCGCCCGUCGACAUGUCGAUGGUCGCAACUCUACGAGGCCAACUUGAACAGAGCGAGAGGCAACUGUAUGAUCUUCGCGAGGCGCAUGCCGUGCGUGAGCGAGAGCUGACGAGCGAAGUCGAGGUCCUCCGCAAAUCCGUGGUAUCUACUCCUACUAGAGAGUUCAUGCCAAGCGAUGAGGAGGAGGCGGACAUACCGUACAAUGAAAGAGUGUCUACGUUGCAGGCAGAGCUGGCUGGCUGGGAGAGUAAGCACCACACUGCUCUGGUAUCUAUGCGAAGCACCGAGAUGGAGAUGCAGUCGACUAUCCAACAGCUAGAGGCCCAGCUUGAGGCUGCCAACACCCAGCUGGUCGAAUCUGAAUCCCGAGCAGCAGCCGAAAAGGAUGCUGGUGAGGCCAAGAAGGAAGUUGCUAAGCAGCAAGAGCUUAUUGAGUUCCUGCGCGGAGAAAUUGACGAGUACAAGGCCGUUAUCAGCAGCAACGCCGCCAAGGUGGCAGAGCUUGAGGCUCUCCAUCUCUCCGCUCGCGCGGCAAUGGAUGACAUGUCUAAGAUCCACAGCUCUGUCACGGCUGAGACAACCGCUCGUCACCAAGAGCUUUCCGCCAAGCUUGAGGAGCUGAUUGCCAGCCACGAAGAUGCCACAAAAGCCCACCAAGAGGAGAUGGAUAUGCUCAGGCAGACCCAUGCCCGAGAACUUGCUGAUCUGAGGAACCACGAACAGACCGGUUAUGAGAAGCAGGUGGAAGUGCUCAUGACUGAGCAUUCAGAGGCAAUUUUCAAGUUGGAAUCCGAGCUUGCUCAGUCCAGGGAUGAAUUGACAAGAGUUGCGACUCAGAUCGCCGCCGUCUUUGGCGCAGAGAUGCCACUAGAGAAGUUGGGCGAGCGGAUUGAGGCUCUCGUUGCUGGCCAAAAUGCCCUUGAAUUAGAGCGCAAGAAGAUGGGAGAGCUGACGUCCCAUGUAACGGAGCUAUCAAACAUCAACGAUUCGCUCGUCCGCGAUCUUGAAGGAGUGAAGACGGUUAUUGCAAGCAUGCUUCCCGGCAACACAGAAGCCAAGGUUGGUCCCCUAGUAGACCAGCUCGCCGCGGUCAAGGCCAAGGUGGAGGAUCUUGAUGGCCGUAACAAGAAGAACUCUCGUCUCAUCGAAGAGCUGGAAGAACAGCUGCAGCACAAUUUUGAUGAGGUUCAGGUAACAAAUAACCGCUUGAGUUCGCUGCAGUCGGAGCGUAACGCUCAGCUUGACGAGGCACUGGCCUCUCGAAUCAAGCUCCAAUCCGAGCUUGAAACAGUGCGCGAGGAAUAUGCUGCUCUCCAGGUCAAGUACAACGAACUGGCCAAUGGAGAUGUCAAGCGAUCAAACUCCAAUUCGACAAUCCGUAAGAGCUCCUCACACAACUCUCUACCAUCGCCACCUCCUUCCGUUCCUCUGCCACCUCUGCCCAACGGUGCGCCCAGCUCUCCUACUUCGACACGCCCUCCCAGCAAGGACAACUUCAACAUUUCUCAAGUCACCGAGGAUCAAGAAGCACGCAUUCGUGCUAUUGAGAAGCACCUCGCUGCUGAGCGCCAACUUACGCAGACGCUAGAAGAAGCGCUGGGCGAUCUGGAGAAGCAAUCCAAGAAGGUCAAAACAGACUGCGAUGCUUGGAAGAAGCGUGCCCAGGAGCUUGAAGCAGAAGUUAAGGAGCUGAAGGAGAAGUCGGUCGACCAGUCACAGGACAACCGAUAUAGUAUGCAAGCGGUAGAAGAGGAACGCAAGAAGAGACAGGCGGCAGAGGCAGCUCGGAAGCAGCUCGAGGAGAGAAUGCAGGCCAUCAGCAAGAGCAAGAAGAAGAAGGGCAGCCUGAACUGCUUCUAA